GAUAUCAAAUCUCUUGUGGAUAAGGAUGUGACUGCACAAGGACAUGGAGGAAGCCAGGGCUGGGAGCAGGCUGCCCAAGGAGGUGGUGGGAUCACCAUCAGUGGAGUUGCUCAAGAACCAUGUGGAUGCGGCACUGAGGGAUAUGGUUAGAGGGCGUGAUGGGGGUGGGCUGACAAUAGGACUGAUGAUGAUAUUAGAGAUUUUUUCCAGCCUUGAAGAUUCAGUUGUUCUAUAACCUGAUCAGUUCUCCCAGAGCACGUAGUUCCAGGCAGCAUAGCCACUCCUGUGCUGCUGGGCUGCUCCAGCAGGCCCACACACAGGGAUUCCUGCCUGGAGCCACUCUUGUGGGCGCAGAGCGGGACAGUCUGUGUGUAGGUAUGCCUGGGACAUGCCAAGUGGCUUGUAGCAGCUGUACUCAUAGUGAGAGCUGAGCUGCAGCUGCAGUGUUUCCACGUGGCUGAGCUGCACGUGGCACGUCAGUGCUUGCUUGUGGAGAAACCUCUGAUGUGACAGCACCCGAGAAACAAUCACAAGCAGCGAGCUGUUGCCACGGCACCUGAGGCAUGACUCCACUGGCUGCACGGGGCUGCAGCGGGCAGAGGGAUGGGAAGGAAGCCAUGCGCAGCCUUGCCUGAUAGCAGUGCAGGACAGUGUGAGACGGUGAGUGGCAGUGUGUCACCUGUCAUCGGUGCCAACAGGAACACGUGGGCCGCGGGUUUCUUGAGGAGAGGGCUCACACCCCUUUGCACCUGAAAUGCAAUCUUCUGCAAAGUCAAACCUCACCCCUCCUGGGAUAUAUGGAUCUGGGUGUAUACGGGCUCUGCUUCAGGGCUCAGAUGGUGCUGCGGCGCUUAUUAGUCCUCCAAACCCCACUGCAGAGGGCAGCAGGGCUGGAAAAAAAAAAAAAAUGAGGAAGAGAAAGCAAGAAGCUGGGUCCUUCCCAUCUGCAUCAAAGCUACUGCCAGACUGGGAAUGGAUUCGUGCAGUCUCAGAACCGCUUCUGCCGUUAUCCCAGUACCGGCUGCAGCGGGGCUGCUCCCAGCUCGGUGAUGGAUGCAAUUGUCCCUCCUCCGGGUUUGGGGGGGGGUGGGAGAGAGGGAAGAGGGGGGCUCUGGGUGAGCCCCGAGCUCCCCGCGGGAGGAGGCUGCUGCUGUCCCCGCCUCUCGCUGCCGCCCCGCGCUCCGCUUCGCACCGGCCCCGGCAGAGGCAGUGCGGAGAGCGGCCCCGUUCAUCCCGGGGGGAGCGGCUCCAUCCCGCCGCCCGUGGCCGAGGGAGGAGCAGCCAUGCCGCACUUCUUGGACUGGUUUGUGCCUGUGUACCUGAUGAUCUCCAUCCUCAUCCUGGUGGGCUUUGGAGCCUGUAUUUACUACUUUGAGCCUGGCCUCCAGGAAGCCCACAAGUGGCGAACGCAGAGGCCGAUCAUGGAACGAGACCUUCGGAAGACGCUGAUGAUUCGGGACAACCUGGCCUUUGGGGUGCCUGAGGUCUGAUGUGCCCACCAGGUGGAUGGAAGGCCAGAGGUGGUGGGAGAGGACUCAUGCUCUGCUGAUUUGGGUCUUCUGCUUGCCACUCACCCUCUGGCCCUAUGCUCCUCAGGUUUGUACAGCAUGGCAGGCUCAGAGCUUUCCAUGAGCUUGUAGGCCAUCUUCCAGCCAAGAGUUUUUGCUCCUCCCCAGGGAUGAUGUCACUUCUUGGAGCCAUUCACACAAAGGGUGCCAUGUUUGUCACCGGAGCUGGAGCUGCCUGGCUUCUUGGCACCACCCCAGGAGGUCUCUGCAGGGGUAACAGGAUAGGUGAAGCUCUGCCAAAUAAGGGUUCAGCAAGAUCCUGAGACCAACUCUACUGAAGAUGCUCUGCUUUUCUGUUGGGGUUUUGGAGAUGGAGAACUUCAGAGCCUGGUGCUCACAGACUGAUGUUUUCAGGAGCUCUGCCUUUGCGUUGAACAUUGUUUCUGAAGAGGUUCAUCCAAGUCCCGUGUCAUGCAGUGCUGCUCUGCAGCUCUCCAGAUCUGUCAUGUAGACCUCUCCCAGUUGCCAACCCUUCUGCUCUCUGCCACUGCAUGAGACAGGACACAUCUCUGUGAGCUGCCUUCUUCAAUGCAGAUAGUCCCCAGCUCAGUGCCGCUGUCGCUUGGCUGUCACUUUCAGCACAAGCUCAGCCAUCCCUUUACUCACAUGUCUCUGAGAAGGGACAACACACUUCCCCUCUGUCUGGUUCCUUGAAUCAAGACAGAUCUCAAGCAUUGGGCUGGAGUGAGUGAACAAUAUAAGCUUUGUAAUUCUCUGGGGGGUAUGAGGCAAUUUUUAGCUCUGAGGGUUUUGAUUCAAGAAGGAAUGGGUCAGGGCACCCUGUAAAUAUUGAGGUCUUUCAGGCAUGUCUCAUCCUUCCAGACUGGAGUAGAACCACCAUUACCUUCCCCACCAACACUGGGUACCCCGGCAGGAGCUGUCAGUCUCCACUCCAAGCCAGAGAAGCUGAGACCCAUUCGAUUCAGACAAGCACUGGGGGUCUUGAUGUGAGUCCCCUGGCUGGGUAGCCUCUCUCAGCAGGGAAAUGGAGCCAGCGGGUUUACUCAUGUGCCAAAAUUUGUGCUCGCUGUGCUGAGCAAAGGCUCAAAACACAGGUGCAGCCUCACACAGGUGCAUUCCAUGUUUGUUGUGCCUUGGUUGCUUGGGGCUGGGAAAAGAACUGCACUGCAUGGUACCAAGUGCCAUCCUCAGUUUCAUCAACCACAUUCCUGCCCCAGCCUGCUGCCCUGCUCCAUGCCAUGAUCUCUCCACAGCUCACUAAGUACUAUUGUCAAUAGACUCCACAGCAGAAUAAAGGUGUGUGCAAACUGUG